UUUAAAAAUAGGCAGUUCUACUUACUUCACUGAAAAACUUCUAACUUCAUGGUGGUGAAGAGUAAGUGAAAACUAAUGUAUGUUAGCAUGUAAGUAGUGUUCACCCUGUAAUGUUAAAGCUCAUUGUAUUGCCUUGUCUUUUCCACUAACAGAAGCUGGCCCUACACCUGUACCACCAACACCUACACCAACAGAGCCUACACCACCACCAGUGACAGGUAAUUUUAGACAACCUUAUAUGCUAGUUAAUGGUUUAUAGGACAGCUGCAUGUUUUACCACCACCACUUUGCUUCAGUUAAUUUCUAUAGGUAUCUCUCUUUGACAUUGCCUUAUGCCUUACAAAUCUCCCUUUCUGUUUCAGUUCUUCCAGAUGUAAUCUAUACAAUCAGGAUGAUUGUGUUUUCCCAGUACAAAAUGAAGUGGGCUUUCUGGAUGUAUCCAUGUGUUAAUGAGAACAUAUUCUUUUUCCUGUCUCCAGAAGCAAUUUGCAGUAUACAAGGAGAUCCUCACUACCACACAUUCGACAAGCAGCUACACAACUUCAUGGGCACCUGCACCUACACCCUCUCCAAGCUGUGUGAGAGCAACAGCUCCCUGCCCUACUUCAACGUGGAAGCAGCCAACGAGCACAGGGGGAGCAACACUCGUGUGUCCUACGUCCGAUACGUGGAUGUCGAUGUGGCUGACCAGCGGAUAAGGCUGGGGCAGGGUGGAGUGGUGAUGGUGAAUGGAGUGGCAGAGAUCCUGCCUUGCAGCCCAUCCGCAGGUGUGCAGGUCUUGUCCAGUGGGUUCUACACUAUGAUCAUGACAGACUUUGGCUUGAGAGUGAAGUUUGAUGGGGUCCAUCGGGUGGAGGUGACACUUCCAAGCACCUUUGGGCAGAAGGUUUGUGGCAUGUGUGGGAACUACAACGGGAUGGCAGCAGAUGACUUCCUGAACCCGGAAGGGAUGCUGGAGCCAGACUCUACCAGCCUGGGCAACAGCUGGGAGGUGUCCAAAAACAGCAGCUGCUCAGCCGGACCGCUCCCCACCCCAGCCUGCAAUGACACGGACAAGCAGGUGAUCGCCAGCAGCCACUUCUGUGGGCUCCUCAUUGACACCAGUGGCCCCUUUCAGAUCUGCCACGCUGUGCUGAGCCCCAGCAGUUACUUUGAGACCUGCUCGUAUGACCUGUGUGAGCUGGGGCUGGACCGGGAGACCCUGUGCAAGAGCUUGCAGUCCUAUGCGGAUGCCUGUCAGGCCCUUGGGGUCCAGAUACCCGUGUGGAGGAACACAACCUUCUGCCCGAUCACCUGUCCGGCCAACAGUCACUAUGAGCCCUGUGCUGCUGCCUGCCCUGCCACCUGUUUUGACCCAAUGGCUCCAGUCACCUGCAGCCUGCCGUGUGUGGAGGGCUGUGUGUGUGACAGCGGGUACCUGCUCUACCACGACCGAUGUGUGCCCAGCCAGCAGUGCGGGUGUUGGUACAACGGGCAGCACUACCCUGUGGGCUCCGAGUUCUGGACGGACAACAGCUGCUCCUCCAAGUGCACGUGUCCCGCACGGGGAAGCAAAGUCCAGUGUUUCGAAGCCUCAUGCCCUGCGGGCCAGUACUGCGGGGUGCAGGGUGGGAAACCCGUGUGCCUCGAACCCUCCUACGGCAUCUGUCACGAAGGCGAGUACUUCGUGAACGAGAAUUGCACUCGCCAGUGCCGGUGUGAAGCCACCGGCCAGAUGGUUUGCUCUGCCUUGUCCUGUGGUGAGGAGGAGGUCUGCAAGAUCCAGAACGGCCAGAGGGGCUGUUACCCAGCCAGCACUGCACUCUGCCACAUCUACGGUGACCCGCAUUACAGCACCUUUGAUGGGAAGCUUCACCACUUCCAGGGCUCCUGCAACUACACCGUUGUGACAGGCUGUGACAACUCCUCCAUCGGGUUCAGUGUCACCACCCGCAACGAACAUCGUGGCAGCCAGAGCUGGACAGCUCUGAACUCUGUGGCACUGUCCCUGGAAGGCCUCCACGUUGCACUGCGCGAGCGCAAGGCUGUCUACGUCAACGGUGCUCUGGUCUCCCUGCCUGCUUCUCCUGCC